CAUUGCUCCACUCCCAAGCCAAAGUACACUCCUACGUAUUCCCCUUCCGUUCCUCGUCCAAGUUACUCGACAGGAGAUGGCUUCUUCCUCCACCGCUCUACUCCUCUGCCUCAGCCUCCUCUUCUUCACCUUGGUCUCCUCCAGCUACUGCCCGCCACCUCCGAUGAAGCCCAAGCCUUCGCCCAGACCCAAACCGACUCCCAAACCCGGCAUGCCUUCCUGUCCCAUCGACACGGUCAAGCUGGGCGCCUGCGCCAACGUGCUCGGCGGCCUCAUCAACCUCCAGAUCGGCACCCCGCCCAAGAAACCCUGCUGCAGCCUCAUCGAGGGCCUCGCCGACUUCGAAGCCGCCUUGUGCCUCUGCACCGCCAUCAAGGCCAACAUCUUGGGCAUCAGCCUCAACGUCGACGUCGAUCUCACCCUCCUCCUCAACUACUGCGGCAAGAAGGUCCCCUAUGGCUACCUGUGCGCUUGAGUUGCAGCCAUGAUCUCGUGUUCUUCUUCGUUGUGACAGCCAUGUACUCGUGUGUAUCCACUUCGAUUAUUUAGUUGGUGGAGGCUUAAUGCUAAAGCCUUUAUCCCCAGUCAUAAUAAGGACAACUUGUGGGUGUCGAAUAAGGUGUUAUCAUUUUACCAGUACGUGUACGUACUCCAUAUAUUGUAGUUUUGCUUAACUAUCAAUGCAUGAUGUGUGUAUUUGUUUGUUCA